AUGUCAAGGUUGGUUCAGGAGAAGAAGAUAGGUGCAGGACGUGUGGUAGCAGUGGCAAUUGAAAAUAACAAAACAAGCCAAUAUGCAGCAAAAUGGGCUGUUGAUAAUCUUCUUCCCAAAGAACAAGCGCUCUUACUGCUCCAUGUUAGACAGAGAGCAUCUUCCAUUCCUACACCAACGGGAAAUCUUAUACCUCUUGAUGGCAACGAUGAUGUGGCUAGAGCAUACAUGCAACAGAUGGACAACGAAUCUAAAGAACUUUUCGCUUCGUUUCGGGUCUUCUGCAAUAGAAAAAGUAUACAAUGCAAAGAGAUCUUACUGGAUGACGUAGAUAUAACCAAGGGAUUAAUAGAAGGUAUUUCUAAAUACGCCAUCGAGCUUCUGGUACUUGGGGCACCUUCAAGGAGUGGUCUUGUAAGAAGAUUUAGGACAUCGGAUGUUCCAAGUCUUGUGUCGAAAGGGGCACCACCAUUCUGUACUGUGUACAUAAUUUCCAAAGGAAAAAUCGCAUCGGUGAAAACUGCUACUGCUAAACCUCCACCACGUAACAAUACACUGCAGCCGCAGCAAUCUCUUCAAACUCCUGGUAGAAUGGACCCACACCUAACACGCAAUCCUGCCCUAGCACGACCAUCAAUGGAGAAGGUACCCUACAUUGUCCGCCAGCAACCAGCAGAUGAAGACGAUAUAAUAUCACCCUUUACAAGACCUGGUAGAGGAGGAAGUUACAGAUCAUACGAGUCCUCCAUCGCUGACUCUGAUAUUUCAUUCGUGAGCAGUGGAAGGCCUAGUGUUGAUAGGAUGUUCCCUUCAAUGUAUGAUGAUAUGGACUCUUGUAUAAAUCCCCGGCUUUCAACAGGCUCAGAUUUUGAUAUGAGAAGCUAUGGCUCUUCAUUCUCAGGAGCCAAAUCAAUUGAUCAUGGUGACUACUCAUUCAGUUCACAAGACAGUGGGACAUCAAUGUCAUCGUCCAUAUUUUCAGCCUCAGAUGAAGUGGAAGCUGAAAUGAGGAGACUGAAGCUAGAACUGAAGCAGAUGGAAAUGUACAGUACUGCAUGCAAGGAAGCUAUGACAGCUAAGCAAAAGGCACUAGAACUUCAGCGUUGGAAAGUGGAAGAACAAAGGAAAAUGGAAGAGGCACGAUUAACUGAAGAAACAGCAUUGUCAAUGGAUGAGAAGGAGAAAGCAAAAUGCGUAACUGCCAUGGAAGCAGCAGAAACAUCUCGAAAAAUUGCAGAGUUGGAAGCACGAAAGAGAAUGACUGUAGAAUCUGGGCAUAAGAAGACUACAGAUAUGUUUUCACACUGUCCCGCCAGGUACAGAAGGUACACUAUAGAGGAAAUAGAAGAAGCAACGAAUUUAUUUUCGAACUCUCUCAAGGUCGGUGAAGGUGGUUAUGGGCCAGUCUAUAGAUGCGAACUAGAUCACACACCAGUUGCAGUGAAGAUAUUGAAACCAGAUGCAGCUCAGGGACAAGCACAGUUUCAGCAGGAGAUUGAAGUGCUAAGUAGCAUAAGGCAUCCAAAUAUGGUUCUUCUCCUUGGAGCGUGCCCAGAGUUUGGCUGCUUGGUGUAUGAGUAUAUGGCUAAUGGAAGUUUGGAUGAUUGCCUAUUUCGGAGGGGCAACAAAAGAGCUCUUCCCUGGCAGCUGAGAUUCCGAAUUGCUGCAGAGAUUGCAACUGGGCUCCUCUUCCUACACCAGACAAAGCCAGAACCACUUGUGCACCGUGACUUGAAACCUGGGAAUAUUUUGCUUGACCGUAACUUCGUGAGCAAGAUCAGUGAUGUGGGAUUGGCCAGGCUUGUUCCGGCUUCAGUUGAAGAUAGUGUCACACAGUAUCGAAUGACAUCAACUGCGGGAACUUUCUGUUACAUUGACCCUGAGUAUCAGCAAACGGGCAUGCUGGGAACCAAAUCUGACAUUUAUUCAUUGGGGAUCAUGCUUCUACAGAUAAUAACAGCAAAGCCACCAAUGGGUUUGACUCACCAUGUCGAAAGAGCUAUUGAGAAGGGGACUUUUGCGGAGAUGCUUGACCCAGCCGUUGAGGACUGGCCAAUUGAACAUGCCUUGCGUUUUGCCAAGCUUGCCUUGGCGUGUGCAGAAAUGAAAAGAAAAGAUAGACCUGAUCUUGCAAAGGUUGUAUUGCCCGAGCUCAAUAAACUCAGAGACUUUGCUGAAGAUAACAUGCCCAUGAUGAUGAUGUUCGGUGCUCCCACAGGAUUCGGUCAAAGGAGCAACUACAACUACUCAAACUACCCCAUUUCCUCAGCUCAAAACUCCAUGAGUGACGGCUCAACGUCAGGAAUGUCCGGAUACGAAACCCACUCAAGCUCACAUGAUUAAUAUGCAAUAUGCACUUCAACGCCUAUCUUAGUUUAUCCUAGAGAAACUUACAAGUGUAUCCACCAUGUCUGUCAC